AUGCAGCACCAGGUGGAGGUGGAUAUGGAGGACCAGCAGGAGGAGCAUUCUCCGCACCCGCAGGAGGUGGAUACGGAGGCCCUGCAGGAGGAAGCUACGCUGCCCCAGGUGGAGGUGGUAUUGGAGGACCCGCAGGCGGAAGCUAUGCUGCACCAGGUGGAGGUGGAUAUGGAGGGCCAGCAGGAGGAGCAUUCUCCGCACCCGCAGGAGGUGGAUACGGAGGCCCUGCAGGAGGAAGCUACGCUGCCCCAGGUGGAGGUGGUAUUGGAGGACCCGCAGGCGGAAGCUACGCUGCACCAGGUGGAGGUGGAUAUGGAGGACCAGCCGGAGGAGCAUUCUCUGCACCCGCAGGAGGUGGAUAUGGUGGUCCAGCUGGAGGAGGAUACGCUAAACCUGGUGGAGGAGGCUAUGCAGGAUCAUCUGGUUUAUCACUCUCUGCACCUGCAGGAGGUGGAUAUGGAGGUCCAAGUGGAGGAAGUUAUGCAGGAGCUCCUCCAGUCAACUCACCACCAUUACGCUGGUCCAGCCAACGAUGCCCCAGCUCCUGGCGGUUACGCUGCACCUUCUGGAGGUGGUUAUACCGGUCCAGCUCAAGAUGCCCCAGCUCCAUCAUAUUCUGGUCCUGCCCCCGGCGGAUACGCAGGAGCCCAACCUGGACCUGCCAACGAUGUCCCAGCCCCGUCCUACGGUGGACCCGCCCCUGGUGGACCAGCACCUGGAGGAUAUGCUGGAGCUCAACCUGGACCUGGAUCUGCCAACGACGUCCCAGCCCCAAGUUAUACUGGACCUGCUCCAGGUGGACCAGCACCCGGAGGAUAUGCUGGAGCUCAAGCUGGACCUGGACCUGCCAAUGACGUCCCAGCCUCAAGCUAUAGUGGAUCUGCUCCAGGUGGACCAGCACCCGGAGGAUAUGCUGGAGCUCAAGCUGGACCUGGACCUGCCAAUGACGUCCCAGCCUCAAGCUAUAGUGGAUCUGCUCCAGGUGGACCAGCUCCAGGAGGAUAUGCUGGAGCUCAAGCUGGACCCGGCCCUGCUAACGAUGUACCAGCCCCAUCCUACACUGGACCUGCUCCUGGUGGACCAGCUCCAGGAGGUUACGCAGGAGCUCAAGGACCCGAUGUUUCAGCCCCAUCCUAUGGCGGACCAGCCCCAGGUGGUCCUGCUCCAGGUGGUGACUUCUCUGGAACUCAGGUUGCUCCAGCCAAUGAUGUCGCUGUUGCAACCGGUCCAAGCGGCGGAGCAUAUGCGGGCCCACAAAGGAAGUACAAGCGACAUUAUCCAUGA